CUAUGCUUCUUUCUCCCAUUUAAUAAGUGUUUAAUUCUUUUGUUUUUAUUAUUGUUGUUAUUAUUAGAUAAGAAAUUAUAAUAGAAGUUAAAGUGUUUGUGUUUAUUAAUAUUAUUACUAUUCAGUAACAUCUCUUUUUUUGUGAAGUAUGGGAAAUAUUCUGGCUAGAUACAAUCCUAAUUCUGAACCUGCAAUAGUUGAAACUGUCACAACUAAGGAGGAGCCUCAGACUGAGUUAGAUAAUCUCAAGGAAGAAAUUGCAGUGCUGCAUAGGAUGCAAAGUGGGUUGCUGGCAAAAAAGCUUGAUGGCUUGAGCUUCACAGAACUGCAGCAGCUGGAACAUAUGUUAAAAGAAGGUGCUUUGUGUAUCAAGGAUCACAUGGAACGAAAGUUGAUGGGGCAAUUUGAAUCGUAUAUGCCGGAGCAGGAAGAGGCUAUGACUGAGGCCACAAUAUUACCUGAACAAGCAAGUUGCUAUGAAAGAAAAUUUUCUUGAUGAAGCGGACACUUCAAUGCAUUUAAGGUUGGCUGUUGAUACUAAUUUGAAGCUGGAACCCUCAAAAAGUGAAUGAUGUUGAAAAUCGUAUGAUCAUAGAGUGAUUUAUAUUACUCUUUCACAAUUUGAAAUAAAAACUCUCUUUACUUUUUACAUUAAUAUUUGCUUAUUGGCUUGGUUAAAGCUAAAUUGGAAUAAAGUUGUAUGUGUGACUAGAACAAGUUUGCAAAAGUUGGAUUCUUCUUUUGAUUUCAUCAAGAAGAAUUGAAAUUUAAAACUGAUCUUUUUUUCAAUUUUUUCU